CAAAUCUGACAAUCUUCUAAAAAACAAAUUCACGAAUACCACGGAACGUUAAUAUCUGCACAUAUUGUUCGUUGCAAAGGAAAUUACUCUGAAAAUCAUUUAUAUAUUAAAAAGUUCCAACUUGGAGUGUAAAUACAACUUAUUUUAAAAAUGACCGAUCCAGGUCAGUGGUAUAAUCAGUUGCCCCGCUUUACACGCUACUGGAUAACAUGCACGGUUGUGCUAAGUCUGCUGGCCCGUUUCGGCAUAUUGCCUAUGAACUCGGUGUACUUAAGUCGCCAUGCCGUAUUGAGUCAUUUGCAAUUAUGGCGAUGUGUGACCGCAUUAUUUGUCUACCCACUAACAUCAGCGACGGGAUUUCAUUUCCUCAUUAAUUGCUAUUUCAUCUCGCGUUAUAUAGCGCAGCUGGAAAAGGAGCAAUUUGGUCGUAGUCCAGCAGAUUAUUUGUAUAUGCUACUAUUAGUCGCAUUUCUCGCCAAUGUUGGUGGUUUGUUAUUCAAUGUAUUUUUCCUGAUGGAUCUAUUGGUGGUAUCAACAACAUACAUUUGGUGCCAGUUGAAUAAAGAAGUUAUUGUGAACUUCUGGUUUGGCACACGUUUUAAAGCUAUAUACUUACCAUGGGUGUUGGCGAUCAUGGAACUAGUAUUCCAAGGAUCGAUAGCGUCGCUAAUUGGUAUAUUUAUUGGGCACUUUUAUUACUUCUUCAAAUUCCAAUAUCCACAAGAACUUGGUGGCGGUGCGUUUUUGGAGACACCGAAUUUGUUAAAACAAUAUGUGCCAGAUGUGAGUGGUGGAUUUAGUGGAUUUGGCGAACCACCGGUGAGCCGCGCACCUCAGCGGCCAGCACCAGGCAAUCCUUAUUUCGGCAACACUUGGGGGCGCGGUAAUCAGUUAGGUCGAAAUUGAAGAGAAACUGAAACGAGGUAAUGAAGUGGAAUGUUUUACAACGCAAACUUCUGAAUCAAUGAAAGAUAUUAUGUUGAACAACGUCUAAUUUACACAUUUGUAAAUUUAUUUGCAUUUGCAUACAUACAGUUUACUACAAAACUGACUACAGACGCUAAUGCCGUAAUUUAUCACUGCACUAAUUUCUUCUAACAUGAAUGGUGAACUUAAAACAACGCAUCAUAUAAUGGCAUAUGUAGUUAUGUAUAAAUUUAGCAUAAAUUUUUGGUAUUCUAUGUUCACACAAAGGAUGUGGUGGUAAUAGCUUUGUAAAUAGUAUAAUAAAAACAACAAAUCUAUUAUAACAA